AUGGAAAUGAGCUCCGAUUUGAUCACCGGAGACGAGUUGAUGUUCUACUAUGCCUUUUAUGAAACUAGAGACCCCGCAGGGCCUCGAAUUCGAAUAAUCGGCACUGGAGAUUGUGAAAAACUGAAGGCAGAGCACUUUUUGGUGGUGUUGGCUGAUGGGAAGACAUUGAAUAUCGAGCGGAUAUACGUUCUUGGCAGCAGCGACUGUCCUGGAUUUAUCGGUGGCCACUGUAAAAUGCCAGAAAUGGAGCUGUCGACAAGUAUAUUCUUUGAAAAGCCAUCGCAAACGAUUACCAUCUUCCGACAACAAUCAUUUGCCAAGGUUCAGUUACAUCGAAUUCCGAGCGCUUAUUCGCCCGGGAUUACGCCAUGUAAUUCGACUCCCUUAUAUUGGUACAACGAUUGGCCACGGCUGAUGAUUUUUAUAGAGUAUUGGAUGAAAAGCGGUUCCAAGAAGAUAUUAAUGCACGUACAUUCUGUAUCAACUGCUACGAAGAAAUUGCUGGAUUAUUAUGUGAAAAAGGGCGUCGUCGAAACCCGGCCUGUUCCCUUGAUGCCUUAUAGUCAAAAGAUAAACCCAAAUAAUUAUGUCUACCAUGGCGCUGUUCAUUUGACUACACUGUUUUGCUCAAUUUGGUCGGAAACCGACUACACUGUAGUUGGGGAUGUUGAUGAGAUAUACUACGUCAGAAACCAUUCCGACAACCUUCUUGAUGUCGUGCACCGGCAUUUCACCGAAAAUUUAAAAACAGGCGCCCUAAGACUACAGCAUAGUGCUUUGGGCUUCAAAGAGCCGAUAGCCCCCUCACCCUGGGACUACAAGCAAUUUCGGCAGCUGAAUUUCCUAAGAACCGCCGUACCAUUCCUCAAAGAGAGUUUUGAGGACAAGAUGAAAUACCUCUACGAGACUCGCUUCGGGAAAUCGCCAAACAUGCACUUCAUGCGAGAGUUCUACGGGGAUAAGCAGACGUCUGCGUUGUCUGACAAUGAAGUUGCCUAUCUCGAGAUGAGAAACGAGGAUUUGGCGCAGGCCGGGAAUCAUUCUAGUCGAUACCCGGAAUUUGAAAUGUUUACGGAUCUCGAAAUUCAAGUUAUGCGUGAACAACUAAAAGAAAUUUUUGGGGAUGACGAGCCACCGUUUCGAUUUCAAAGUAUCUUACCGAUACUCGAUGAAUGCAUGUACAGGCUUGAUUCCGAGGGCAGAGAUUGCAACAACCCCCUAAAAUCAGAGUGCUUUGAAAGAUUGAAGGAUAUGGACGACUGGUUGUAUGCGCACCAGCACAAGUACAGCGAGUUGAACCGGAAGAUACAUCGGAGGAAUGAGUAUUUGAGAGACAUGAUCCACAGCUCUAAAUCUGAGAUUUUUCGGUCGGCAAAUCCAGACAAUGUGGAGAUGAGCCCGGACCUUAUUACCGGUGAAGAAUUGCUAGUCUAUUACGCUUUUUAUGAGACGAGAGACCCUGCUGGACCUCGUAUUCGUAUAAUCGCCACUGGGGAUUGUCACAAAAUGAAAGAGGAGCAAUUUUUGGUGGUGCUGGCGGAUGGCAAAACGCUGUAUAUUGAUAGGAUUUAUGUUAUUGGAACUGCUGGUUGUGCUGGUGGACCUGGCGGGUUAAAUUACAUCGAAUUCACACCAAUUAUAUUCCUGGGAUUACUUCAUGCAACUCGACACCGUUAUAUUGGUAUAAUGACUGGCCUCGGU